AGCGGAGUGAGAUAGAGAGAGAGAGCGCUAUUGCCGUGGCGGCAGGAGUGGACGAGCAGUGCGGGAGCAGGCGCGCAGGCGGGCGAGCAGUCAGGCGUACGGCAGCGGGAUCGUCUCCGGCCCGGCGGGGCUGCUUGCUGAGCUCAGCGCGGGAGCACUGCGGCGCGGGAGCGGCGGGACAGAGAGCCGCCCCGGAGGCUGACACCGUCCCGGAGGCUAUUCCUGGAGCGCGGGCUGCCAUGCCAGCGCGGGGGGGCGCGGCGCGGGUCUCCUGAAGCCGCGCAGCCGCUAGCAUGCAGCGGGAGGAGGACCCUUCGCACAGGCUCUGCUUCUACUCCGCCUCCUUCCAGCGCUCUAACAGCCAUGAUAAGGUGAGGAAGAUCGUGGCCGAGGAGGGCCGCGCCGCACGCAACCUCAUCGCCUGGAGCGUGCCGCUGGAGAACAAGGAGGAGGACGGGAAGUCCAAGUCGCACUCCAAUGCCAACCCGAGAUCACAGAGGAUCAGCUCAGGUCUGCACAGGAACAAAAAACAGGUGUGUGCUCCGCCCUCAGAAGCAGUCUGAAUAGCACAAGUCUAU